AUGGCCACUCAAAAGCCCGUCGAAUGGGUUUCUUCGCUCAUCACUCGCUUCGAGGAACAGCUGCCGUGUCGGUCGGGCCCACAGACCAGUCACUCGCGGAUAAAUGUGGAGCAGAACAAGGAAUCCCUGAUUACUAUAAGUAAAUACAAGUUCUCGUUAGUCAUAUCCGGUUUGACUAAAAUCUUGCAUUCAGUCAAUGAUAUGAGAGCCCAAACUCACGGACAAAUUCAGCCGGAAUUUGAGCGAAACUUUUACGAAUCACAGCUAAUUGUUUUGGACACUCUUGAGAAGUGUCUGUCCUCUCAGCCUAAAGAGACCACACGUUUCGAUGAGGCCAUGAAUGUGAAGGCACUCCUCCGAGAGUUAUGUCAGUUUAUUGAUAUUCCGAAUGAGAAUCCAAUGGCAGCUCAGCUUAAAAUUCUCGCUUCAAAAGUGUUGUUUGCUUUAAGUCUUAAUAAUUUCAAUGCAGUCUUCAGUCGUAUAUCUGCGAGACUCCAAGAGCUGUCUAACAAUAACGAAGAGAACCCGGACUUCAUAGACAUAGAACUCAUACAACAUAUUAAUGUAGACGUCGGACGACUCAUCAAACUGUUCAGUGAAGUAAAUCUCAAGUUCCGAAGUCUUCGCAAAAGCGCUCACAUGGUUCUCAUGACGAGUCUCGAGAAAGCCAUCUGGAACUGGAUGGACACAUAUCCACAAGAAUUCAUGGAAUUGCAGCGAAAGCCCAACGAAGAGUUGGCCGAAUGCUGUGACCGACUCUUUGAAUUGUUGGACAAUUUCGCAGAAAAUAACAAUAAGAGAAGAGCCACUGUAUGGCCGCUGCAGAUCAUGCUUCUGGUGUUGUGUCCCAAGAUUCUGGAGGAGAUAGUGAACGCGGACUCGGGUGCGCCCUGUUCUCCAAAACACACCCGAAAGCGACAGUUCAUCGACAACGUGAAGAAGGCAUUAGUGCCGCACAGUUCCAGCAAACAGUUGACUGAAGCGGCGGCCGUCACGUGCGUUAAGCUCUGCAAAGCGUCCACUUAUAUCAAUAUAUUGGACUCCAAUAACGUGGUGUUCGCUUUGGUCCAGUCGGUCAUCAAUGAUCUGAAAAUGUUGUUAUUUAACUCAAAGCCAUUCAUCAGAAGUCAGUCCAAUAUCAACCAAGACGUGGACCUAAUGAUCGAUUGUUUUGUGUCCGUCUUCAGAAUUACGCCCCAUAAUAAUGAAGCCCUCAAAGUGUGUCUUAACCCCAACUCCCCGUCUAUGUAUCACUUCGUACUCGUCUGUUCGUUAUACCGGAUCGUCACUCAACCCCGGCUUGUCUGGUGGCCACUCAUUGAUAUCGUAUAUAGUAAGGCACCAGAGCUGAGGAUUAUGUUUACCGAUACGUUAACUAAAGUAACGCAGGGAUGUAUAACCCAUACACCUCUCAGAAUGAUUCAGAGCUUUACACUGAAAGACAAAGUCUCGACUCUGAAGUUCAAAGAGAAGACAACAGAAGAAGGACUCAGUUAUAAGAAUUUACUCCUUUGGAUGGUUCGCCUCAUUCACGCCAACCCAAUGCUAAUGCUUAAUAAUCAGGGAAAGGCGGGCCAUGAGAUUCAGAGCAGUACACUGGAGCUCAUCAAUGGCUUGGUAUCACUCGUUCAUCAGCCAUCGAUGCCAGACGUGGCGCAGGAGGCUAUGGAAGCCCUUCUUGUUCUCCAUUUACCCGACAAUAUCGAGAUGUGGAACCCGGAGGCGCCCAUCAACACCUUCUGGGACGUGUCAUCGCAGGUGUUGUUCUCCAUAUCACAGAAACUGAUUCAACACCAGAUCGUCAACUAUACAGAGAUACUGAAGUGGUUGCGAGAAGUGCUUAAGUUUCGAAACGCAUUCCUCCAGAGACACAAAGAGUACGCAAACCUCGGCUCUCAUAUCGCGAUCUGCAAACAGGCGCACAUCAAACUCGAAGUCGUAUUCUUCAUGUACUUGUGGUCCAUAGAUAUCGACGCCGUUUUAGUGGCCAUGUCUUGCUUCGCGUUGCUCUGCGAAGAGGCAGACAUCCGGUGCGGUCAGGACGACCUCACGGCCACCUAUUUGUUGCCCAACUAUCACGUAUACCAAGAGUUGGCGCUUUCCAGCAAUAUUCUGACCACAGGUCGGGCCGCUCUUCAGAAGAGAAUAAUGGGUUUGUUGCGGAAGAUUGAGUACUGCACUCAGGGAUGUUCGCAGGCCUGGGAGGACACGUUCAUGAACUGGGACGCCGGCACCAAACUGUUGGUCAGCUAUCCAAAGGCCAAACUGGAUGUCGUCGAGGGACAGAUCGAUGGCUUCCAUCGCACGGUCAGCAAAAGGCGUGCUUCUCAUCAGAGCACUGACCACGAACUCGAAGACCAAAUCAACGAAUGGGCGAAUAUGACGGGAUUCCUGUGCGCGUUGGGAGGCGUGUGUCUACAGAGGAAGUCCCCAUCAGCCAAGUCCAAUAUGGCCGUCUCACUGCUGCUCGACUCCAGCCGUAAGGGCUCGAUGUUGAGUGCGGCUCAGGACUCCCUGCAGUACUGUCCGGUCACACAAUUCGUGGGUCAAGUCCUCAAACUACUCGUCUGUCACAACGAGAAGUUCGGAACACAGAUACAAAAACACGUGAAAGAGUUGGUCGCCCACGAGAUCAGUCCCACACUGUAUCCCAUACUCUUCGAUCAAAUCAAGAUUCUGGUCGAGAAGUUCUUCGACUCGAUCUCAGGUCAAGUAAUCCUGACGGAGACGAGCACUCAGUUCAUUGAACACAUCAUUUUCAUAAUGAAGAGCGUGUUUGAGAACAAAGUGGAGCACACGAACGAACACCUCGGACUCACUUCCAUCGAGAUCAUGAUGUUGGCCAUCGUUCGCUAUGUCCGACACUUGGACUCCAAUAAUGUUCACUACAUUCACAUCAAGACUAAAGUAUGUCAAUUGGUUGAGGCAAUGAUGGCCAGAAGGGACGACCUGUCAUUCAGACAGGAGAUGAAGUUCAGGAACAAAUUAGUCGAAUACCUGACUGAUUGGGUUAUGGGAAACUCGCAUCAGAUGCAACCGCCCGGCUCUACAGACUUGACCCCUUUGUUGCGCGAUUUGGAUCAGUCUUGUAUGCAAGCCGUCGCAGCUCUGCUCCGGAGUCUUCCCCUUCAACCUGAAGAGAGCGAUAGGGGAGACCUAAUGGAAGCCAAAUCUCAACUCUUUCUCAAAUACUUCUCUCUAUUUAUGAAUCUUCUGAACGAAUGCAGUGAAGCCCUUCCCACCGAAGAGCAAGUGGUGGCCAACGCUAAUGAUGUCAACUCGCGAUACGCGCGGAUACAGGCGUCCAAACUGAGUGAACUGCGGACCUGUACUGUUCAGGCCAUGUCUAACCUGUUGAGCGCUAAUAUAGACUCCGGUCUAAUGCACUCAAUAGGGUUGGGAUAUCAUAAGGAUCUUCAAACGCGAGCCGCGUUUAUGGAGGUGUUGACCAAAAUCCUACAACAGGGCACUGAAUUCGAUAUGUUGGCCGAAACUGUUUUGGCCGACCGUUACGAGCAAUUGGUCCAAUUGGUGACAAUGAUUGGAGACAAAGGCGAACUGCCCAUCGCUAUGGCUUUGGCCACAGUUGUCAUGACUCCCCAAAUGGAUGAAUUGGCUCGAGUUUUCGUCACUCUUUUUGAUGCCAAACAUCUCUUAUCUCCUCUCUUGUGGAAUAUGUUUUACAAAGAAGUGGAAGUUUCCGAUUGCAUGACAACUCUAUUCCGUGGCAACAGUUUGGGCUCAAAGAUAAUGGCGUUUUGCUUCAAAAUCUACGGCACCUCCUAUUUGAAAGCACUUCUGGAGCCGCUAAUCAAGCCAUUAGUGAUUGAACAACCGGCCAGUAAUCUUAGUUACGAAGUGGAUUCGGCGCGUCUCGAGGAGGGAGAGGACGUGGAGGCUAAUCGUCGCAAUCUAUUGGUUCUGACGCAACGAGUCUUCAAUGCCAUCAUAUUGUCUUCGGACAGCUUUCCCUCUCAGUUGCGAUCGAUGUGUCACUGUUUAUAUCAAGUCCUCAACAAACGAUUCCCUAACUUUCCCCAUAAUAUCAGUGCCGUCGGGACUGUUAUAUUCUUGCGGUUCAUAAACCCAGCCAUUGUCUCGCCCUAUGAGAUGGGAAUUGUGGACAAACAGCCCAUUUCUAAGAUCAAGAGAGGGCUUAUGCUUAUGUCGAAAAUACUGCAAAACAUUGCAAAUCACGUGGAGUUCAGUAAAGAGCAACAUAUGUUGCCAUUCAAUGACUUCUUGAGGUCCAACUUCGAGGCGGGUCGCCGUUGGGUCGUACAGAUCACCAGCGAUUGCGAGACAGUCGACCAUCUGGCCAGCCAUAACCUAUCGUUCAUCAGCGACGCCAACGUUCACGCAUUGCAUCGACUCCUGUGGAACCAUCAGGAAAAGAUCGGUGACUACCUGUCCAGCUCUCGAGACCACAAAGCUGUGGGUAGGCGUCCCUUCGACAAAAUGGCAACACUUCUCGCAUAUUUAGGUCCUCCCGAACACAAGACUAUUAGCGACAGUCAAUGGAAUUCAAUGGAUAUGACGUCCACUAAGUUCGAGGAAAUCAUGUCUAAGCAUAAUAUGCACGAAAAGGAUGAAUUCAAGUCCAUUAAGUCACUCAACAUCUUCUAUAUGGCGGGCACCUCGAGGGCCGGCAAUCCUGUCUUCUAUUAUAUCGGCCGCCGGUAUAAAAUUGGCGAAACAAACGGCGAUUUACUUAUAUAUCACGUCAUCUUAACAUUGAAACCAUUUUGUCACAAACCAUUUGAAGUGGUCAUUGAUUUUACUCAUACCGGCGCUGAUAACAGAUUUAGAACGGAAUUCCUACAGAAAUGGUUUGUAGUAUUGCCUGAAAUAGCAUACGAGAAGAUUGUGGCCACUUAUAUAUAUAACUGCAACUCAUGGGUCAGGGAGUACUCCAAAUAUCACGACAGACUUCUCAUACCAUUGAGAGGCAACCGAAAGCUUAUAUUCAUAGACACACCUCAAAGACUCAGCGAUUAUAUAGAUAUCGAUCAGCAACGCCUUCCCGGCGCCACUCUAUCUCUCGAAGAGGACCUCAAAGUGUUUAAUAACGCACUCAAACUGUCCCAUAAGGACACAAAAGUGGCCAUAAAAGUAGGUCCGAGUGCUAUACAGAUCACGUCGGCUGAGAAGACCAAAGUGUUGAGUCAUUCGGUGCUCUUAAACGACGUCUACUACGCGUCCGAAAUAGAAGAGGUAUGUCUUGUGGACGACAAUCAGUUCACACUAACCAUUUCCAACGAGAGCGGACCCCUUUCCUUCAUCCACAACGACUGCGACUCAAUAGUUCAGGCGAUUAUCCACAUCAGGACGCGUUGGGAGUUAUCACAGCCCGACUCAGUGACGGUGCACACGAAGAUCCGCCCGAAGGACGUGCCGGGGACUCUGCUCAACAUGGCUCUCCUCAACCUGGGCAGCGCCGACCCCAACCUCAGGACCGCCGCAUACAACCUGUUGUGCGCUCUGACCGGCACUUUUGAUCUCAAAAUCGAGGGCCAACUCCUGGAAACGGCCGGUCUAUGUAUUCCCUCGAAUAACACCAUUUUUAUCAAACAAAUCAGCGAAAAGUUGGCGAUUAAUGCCUCGCACCUGACCCUCGAGUUUCUGGAGGAAUGCAUUCAAGGCUUUAGGGCUUCGAAUAUAGAACUCAAACACUUGUGUCUCGAAUACAUGACUCCAUGGCUGCCAAACUUGACUCGAUUUUGUAAGCAUUCCGACGAUAAUAAGAGACAAAGAGUGGCCACUAUUCUCGACAAAUUGAUUACAUUAACCAUCGAAGAGGUGGAGAUGUAUCCAUCGAUUCAGGCAAAGAUCUGGGGAAACAUCGGACAGGUAUCUGAUUUGUUGGACCUAACUCUCGACAGUUUUAUCAAACGAUCGGUUACUGGAGGUCUUGGCAGCUCUCAGGCAGAGAUCAUGGCUGAUACGGCCGUGGCUCUGGCGUCAGCUAACGUUCAAUUGGUUGCUAUGAAAGUGAUUAGUAGACUGUGUCGGGUGAUCGAGAAGACCUGUACGUCUCCCACAUCAACCCUUGAACAGCACCUAAUGUGGGACGACAUCGCAAUCCUCGGCCGCUAUCUGCUAAUGUUGUCGUUUAACAAUUGUCUUGAUGUGGCCAACCAUUUGCCAUAUCUGUUUCAUAUCGUAACACUACUCGUCCACACGGGACCCGUGUCUCUGAGAGCUUCAAUUCACGGGCUGGUCAUCAAUAUAAUCCAUUCCCUGUGCACCUGCACUAAGCCAUCAUUCAGUGGCGAAACACAGAGAUUAUUGAGAUUAAGUUUGGAUGAGUUCUCUUUACCCAAGUUUUAUCUGCUGUUUGGCAUCAGUAAAGUCAAGUCCGCGGCCGUCACUGCCUUCCGAUCGACCGCUACCGGCAGUCACGGCCGCCACUUCUGCAUCGAUCGGCACCAUUACCUGCCUCAGGACCGGUCGUUCAAUCAGUCCAUUGGCGAACAUCAGGAACGCAUGCCAUUGGCCUCACUAGAGGUGAUCACUGACGCCCUGUUGGAGAUAAUGGAGGCCUGUAUGAAGAACAUCCCGAACUGUGAUUGGCUCCAGCAGUGGAUCGAAUUGUCCAAAUCAUUUGCAUUCCGCUAUAACCCGGCUCUUCAGCCCCGGGCUAUCAUUGUGUUCGGCUGUAUAUCGAAGACAACUAUGGAUCAGGAGGUGAAACAAUUGUUACGAAUUCUGGUCAAAGCGCUCGAGUCCUUCCAAGACUUGCAGCUCAUUGAAGCCAUAAUCAUGGGGUUGACUCGUUUGCAGCCACUGUUGGCGCCCGAGUCAGCCAUACAUCGGGCCCUCUUCUGGGUCGCCAUAUCUGUGCUCCAAUUGGACGAAAUGUCUUUAUAUGCGUCCGGUUUAGCACUUCUCGAGCAAAAUCUUCAUACACUCGACUCAAUGAGUAUUUUCGAAACAAAUACAUUGAAACACAUAAUGAUGUCAACCAGAGAGCCACUGGAGUGGCAUUUUAAGCAAUUGGACCAUUCGGUAGGUCUGAGCUUCAAAUCCAACUUUCACUGCGCACUCGUCGGUCACCUCAUCAAAGGCUUCCGACACCCGACGCCCACAACGAUGUCACGAACGGCCAGAAUCCUGAAUAUGUUGUUAGGAAUUAUAGCCAAACCUCACAAACGCGACAAAUUCGAGGUGACAGUGGAUUCGGCGCCCUAUUUGAGUGCAUUGGUCUCAGUCUCUGAAGAAGUACAAAGUCGUUGUCAUCUCAAGCACCGCAUCACAAGACUGGUCUCAGAGUCGCCGUCGACUAAAAACUUUACGUCAGAUCUUCAACAAAACGCGUCGUCGGCCAACACUACCGGCUCGUCGACGUCGCCUAAGAAUCCUCCGACAACUCCCACACAACAGACCCCAUCGCCAACACCCCUGCCAUCGCCCUCUACCUCCAUGUCCUCGUGCGUGAGUCAGUCGACACAAAUCACAAUAAUUCAGUCGUCGUAUGCCAUGCAUCAGUUGCAUCCGCAGUCGCCCUCAACCGCGACCGUGUCCUCACACCCGACUACUCCUACAAACCGGCGUCAGAAGUCGUGGGACCAACUCGACCAGAACGCCAUAUCACAAGCCAAGUUGACCCGGGCGUCAAACUACCACUUCCAGCAUAAUAUGCAUCCGACGCUCACUCAACCCCAUAAGGAUCCGGCCAAACACUGGAAGAGUCUGGACAUGGAGGCCGCCAACUCUUUUAGGCCUCUAUUCCGCACUCAACGGAGCUCUUCUAUGCCGACACCGAAAGUACACAAAAGCGUUGAUAAUUCUGUUUCGAGCGGAAGCGUCGCUGUUGUCGAUAACAACAGCGCUUCCAGCAGUCGAGGCAGAGGUUCGCCCGAAGACAGCACUAUCGCCGCCGACGAUAUCGACGACACCGGAAGAAUUCGCGAUAAGAAUAGAAACUCAAGAGUUUCUGUUUCUAAUGAAGACAAUGUUCUCUUAGAUCCAGAAGUAUUGACAGAUUUCCCGACUCAGGCGCUGGCAACAUUGGUUCGCAACACCACCGAUGAACUUGAAAUGAGAAUACUUUACGAAUAUUUGGCCGAAGCGUCGGUAGUCUUUCCCAAAGUAUUCCCUGUCAUCCAUUCAUUACUGGACGCAAAGAUCACAAGUGUGCUGUCCUUAUGUCACGAUCAGGUGAUUCUUAGCGCAGUUCAGAGUAUUAUACAGAAUAUGAUUGCGUGCGAAGACGCCCAACAACAGCCCCAUUACCUCCAAACCUUUGGUUUCGGGGGUUUGUGGCGAUUCGCGGGUCCCUUCUCGAAGUCGUAUCAGUCAAACCUGGAUAACGCCGAACUGUUCGUCAAUUGCUUGGAAGCGAUGGUCGAGACGUGUCUGCCUGUGGACGACGGGGAGGUGCGUGAACUGGAGUACCCGUCGACUCUGUCGGUAUCGUCCACAAUGAAUCUCUCGUCGUCGAUGUCAUCGCUGACGUUGGGUUCGCCCACCGAUAAGGAGAUGAAUGCCAUGAAUGCCACGGAAUAUCAUUCGACUAAUUCUGUGUCGAGCGGUGCCGCCAACUGCGAGACCAAACGUAACGGUGCUUCCAAUCAACACCCGUUCAUCAAACAAAGGAGUUUCAAGUGUAAGGCACCCAAAAACGGUAGCAAAUGAUGCC